AUGAAGACCUUUACCUUUUUCGUUGCCUUACUCUCCAUGCUUUCUCUCUCAACAGGGCUUGCACCCAACUACACAGCGCGGUCUCCCAAACCAGCACCCGCUCCAGUUCCGGGAAUUUUUGAUGACAUCCUGGACUUCUUCUCUGAUGUUGUUAACGCUUUGAGCGAAGCCGGAAAAUUUGUAUGGGAUCAGCUCGAUGAAGCUGAACAGGAACUGCUCGCAAGUGACGACCAACUUGUGGUCGACGGAUGCAACGUCGUGAGAUGCGGAGUGGAGCUCGGCUUCACAUCUGUCAAGUGCCUCAUUGAAGUUGUGGGUACCAAAGGCAUUGGAAAGGUUGGCAAGAAGGAAAAGCUUGGCUGCCUGGCUGAAGUCGCUGAGACGAUCGAUGACAUAAAGAGUCAUAAGCUUUGCGAUCACUGCUGGGAUGCCAUCAAGAACAACGUACUACCUCAGGUAGAAUCGGUGUGA